CAAAGAAGAAGGAAAAGCAACGAGGGGAGGAGUCAAAGAGUAUCAGAGGCAACUCUGGCGCUGCAAGAUAUCAUCGAGGAGAUCAGACUGACGCCAGGCAAGAAGGAAAAAAGGCCAAGAAGGCGAGGAAGAGUUUAGAUUAUGAUUCAAGGGUCUCGCCACAACCCUCUCGACCUCUCGCCUUGGUCGACUACCUGGCCUCGAGCGAUGAAGAGGACGAGCAGGGCCGGGGAGACCCUGAUACCCAAACAUCUGAGCAUACGCAGCGAAUGAGUAGAGCCGCUGCUACGCCGCAAGGAGUCCCUGAGCCGAAGACGAGAAGAGCCCUGCCAUCGGUCUCCUUCUCUCAAUCCCCCUCAGCACGAACCUUCACCAGUGAGAAGAUUGUGCCAGGAGAGUGGCUCUGCCACGUCUACGUCGCUAUCCGUUUGAUCGAUUAUCCCAGAUUGGCUAGCCUGCUGAAGAAAGCAAAAGCGACACUCUUAGAAGGUGCAUCUGACCCCGACAGCUACACCUGGUUCAUCGACGGCGAUGCAGGGCAGGGCGAAGGCAACCUACACGUCUCCCUCACUCAACCAAUCCUCGUUCGAGCCCACGAAAAGGACUCUUUCCUUCACGAAGCCAGAUCGAUCUUGCAGCACCAAAGCAGCUUUGCCCUCUCUUUCUCCACCUUUGCUCCCCUUCUCUCUUCGCCCCUCACCUCCAUUCAUCCACCGAGAGUCUACUACACUCUAGAGGUCGGGCUGGGCCAUUCGGCUCUGCAGGCCAUCAGUGUCGCGCUGGGCGGGAUGGUCAAGACCUUCUUCCAGGGCAAAACGUACUUCGAGGAGCAAGGGGCGAGAUUUCACGCUAGUUGGGGGUACGAGCAGGUCAAUUCUGAGGGAACUGGGGAAGUCUCCCCGGAGCAGAUGGAGAAAGCAAGCCAAAGAACGCAGAAGCUGGAGUUGGGACUGGGGGAUAGAGUGAGGGCACUGAGUGAGGUUAGGGUGAGGAACGUCGAGGUCAAGGUUGGGAAGCAGGUCACCCGGGUUCCUCUGAGGUGAACAGUACCUGUAUUCACUCUUUGGGUAGAUGAUGUUCUGCUGGUAUCAAAUCAGCAGCGCUAUGUAUACACCUGUUCUCGUCGUCUGUAAUAUGUUUGAGACCUCACCUCCUCCCCGGACUUCUCUCUCUGACAUCCCUAUCUCUAUCCCUCCUUCCGCCUCCUCCUCCUCCUCUACGUUGGCCCCCAGCAGCAGGUCCACUCGGCGGCGGCCUGACAAAGGCGAAAUCAGCAGAGAGCUGCUGCUCCAUGAGGGUCACUGCGCCGUCCUGACAUGCCUCGAUGGCUUCCUUGGCUUCAGAAUGAGAGGGGAAUU